AUGUGCUUCUUCGCCGACGCCUGUGAGAGGUGGCUGGCCGUGCAGGCCGCGGUGUGGGAGACAUUGCCGGAGCUCUGCUCUUUCAGUGCCAUGCGGGCACUCCACUUCGUCACUCCUGCGAUCGUGGUGUCGGAUGCUACUCAGACAAUGGCAACCCUCCAAGAAGUGGAUUCUUUGUGGACAAAGGCAGCCACAUGGUCGUGGCUCGUCCUGUCCCGAAUCGCCAUCCUCCUUUUUGGCCUUGAUGCGCUGAUGCUGAAGUGUCGUGAGAACCAGCCCUGGUCCGAGGGGAGGAUCAGCCUCUACAAGUUCUGGAUGAUGGGAAUCUUCGUCAAGCAGAUACUGGGCAUCGUGCAGCUCGGCAUGUUUGUCAGGGAGCGCCUCUUCAUAUUUGUGUUUGCGGGUGAGGACAGUCAAAUGCAGGCAAAGGAGGUUGCACGCAAGGAGGUAUGGAAUGCUUUGCUCGCGAUGAAGAUUUACCAAACGUUUGGCCUGUGGAAGUCCGUCGCCAUCAUGCUGAGCUUCGACGACACGGACUUCCAGAAGCUGGUCUUCAACGAGAAAGCCAGGAGCGGUGCAGAAGAAAAGGUUGCGUCGGUGUUCUCAGAUCGAUUUUCAAGCAGCGCAAGCAGUUCUUGCAGUGCUGAUGGAUUCUGUGUGCGAGACCGAAGAGAGGCUGACAGCACAUGA